CACGGAGCUUAGUGAGAAAAAAAAAAAACAUUGAUUUAACUGGUACAAAAUGAAACACAUACCUAUAAAUUAGCAUUAUCAAAGCCUUCACAGUUAGGAAUACAGGAUAUAUAUAUAUCUUAAGUACACUCUGAUCAGCAGAAUUCUUUUGCUCUAACUCAGAAAGCUCUUUAAUUCCCCUGCAAGUCUCCCAUCUACCUGUCUGUAUUUCAGCUGUUAGUUUUCAAUCCGAGCUGUAAAUUCUUUGGAGCUGGUGCCUUCUUUUUAAGUCUCUAUUCUGUCCAGUCUCAUGUGCAGCGGAGCUCUGAUUUGUGAGCAGGGGAGUGCAGAAGUAUGCAGGUUUAUAGAUGCCGUAUGUACCAAAUGCACCGUGCAUGUGCCGCAUAGGCACCACAUAUGUACCAAAUUCCUUUUCUCACACUGAACUGGCUGCAUAAACGCUCAGCUAAACAAGAGGAUAGCAGCUUACUGCUUGACCUACUUGGCAGGUUAUCCCUGAAGUUUAGAUAAGCUCCUCCACAUCCAACUCGUGGGGGAAUCCAUGAUGGACACGCUGCUGUGGAGAGAGUGUAAGGGCUUUGUCAGAGGGUUCAUAAACUUAAAUCCAGACCAUCAACAGGACUGUAUUACCUGGAAGGGAAAAAGAAGCCCUUUCAAAACCUGUAUUAAUUUGCUUUAAACCCUUUGUUUGCAGAUCCUUAUGUAUUUAAGAGCGUGAGGAUGGAUUUCUAGUCCACUUGCAACCAUGCACUGCUCUUUUAACGAGGCAGGCUGAAUAGCAGACGUGGCUGGACUGCAGAGCAACGUUAGUAGCAUGGAUACCAAAUCUAUUCCCGUUCGCUGUGUUCACACGCUUGGCUUUUUCGAAGAGCAGUUUGCGUUGGGAGCAGAGCUAGUCUGCUGCAAGUACCUGCUUCUCAGCAUCCAGGACAUUUUUCAUUUAUCAAAACCACAGCUAACCGCUGCUGCGCAACGUGGUCGUGUAGCAACUAACGACGAACGUGGCUUAGUUCUUGGCACAAUCAUGUUCUCGUUAAGAAAUUCUUUGCUAUUACCACCAGAAGGAACUGCUGCAGUUUGAGAAACAGAACACCUGGGAAGAUGGCCCUGAGAGAGGGAGAAAACAACAGCAGCUCUGUCAAUGACAAGCAAGAACAGAGUGGCAAUCGUGUUAUUACAAUUGUCUUCCUGGCACUCCUCAUUGACUUGUUGGGAUUCGCUCUCAUCUUGCCACUGUUUCCUUCCAUCCUUGAUUAUUACAGCAAGACUGAGGAUGGAUUCUAUUUGUCAUUGCAACGUGGUGUGGAUUGGUUUGCAGUCAUGGUUGGGAUGCCUCCGGAGAGGAAAUACAACAGUGUCUUGUUUGGAGGUCUGGUUGGCUCAGUCUUUUCCAUCCUGCAGUUUUUCUCCUCUCCGCUCACCGGUGCUGUGUCAGACUGCUUGGGGAGAAGGCCUGUUAUCUUGAUGACAGUGAUGGGUUUAAUAGCAUCGUAUGCACUGUGGGCUGCCUCUAGGACUUUCGGCAUUUUUCUUCUCUCCAGGAUCAUAGGUGGAAUAAGCAAAGGGAAUGUCAGCCUUUCCACAGCUAUAAUUGCUGAUUUGCACUCUCCGAAGGCACGGAGCAAGGGCAUGGCAAUGAUUGGUGUUGCUUUCUCCCUUGGUUUUACCCUGGGUCCCAUGAUCGGCGCUUACCUCGCAAUGGAGGCAGAGAAAGGAGAAGUCUUCUUCCUUCGUUCAGCAUUGUUAGCACUCAUGUUUGCUGUGGCAGAUUUACUUUUCAUCUUCUUCCUGCUUCCGGAGACACUCCCCAAAGAAAAACGGGUCUCCUCUGUGACGUCCGGAUUUCAGGUGGCAGUUGACUUGCUCAGUCCUUUGGCUUUAUUUCAGUUCUCUGCAGUCAGCCGAGGAAGGGAUUCCCCUUCAGAGAAGAACCUUCAGAAUCUCAAAAUCCUGGGCCUGGCUUAUUUCAUCUACCUCUUCCUGUUUUCCGGCCUGGAGUAUACAUUGAGUUUUCUUACUCACCAGAGAUUCCAAUUCAGCAGUAUGCAGCAGGGCAAGAUGUUUUUCUUUAUUGGAAUAACAAUGGCUGUGAUCCAGGGAGGCUAUGCUCGCCGAAUCAAGCCAGGAAAUGAAAUCAGAGCUGUAAAAAGGGCCAUAAUGUUGCUGAUUCCAGCUUUCUUGUUAAUUGGAUGGGCUGCAAACGUGACCAUGCUGAGUGUUGGACUGUUGCUGUACUCUUUUGCUGCUGCCAUUGUUAUCCCGUGUUUGUCAGCAGUGGUGUCAGGCUAUGGUGCUGCCAGCCAGAAAGGAAGAGUCAUGGGAAUUCUGAGGAGCCUGGGUGCCCUUGCCAGGGCCAUGGGACCCAUCCUGUCAGCAACAGUUUAUUGGCUGGCAGGGGCUGAGAUCUGCUUCACCAUCUGUGGCACUUUCUUCCUGAUCCCCUUCAUUUUACUUGGUUCUGUAAAACAGCAGACAAAGGAGGAGUAAAGGGAAUUACAGAACAGUUCCUGGUUUCCAAGGACCUCCAAAAGACUUGAUGCUUGUCCCUCUACUCUGCUAACUGAGUUGGAAUGAGGCUUUUGAUCUUCUGGAAGGCCAUAUUCAAUGGCCACUUGCACCAUCAACAUGUUCAGCUUGCUUUCUUACAGCUUGCCACAAGCAGUUCAGUUUACCACAGGCUCCCAAUUGGCUUGGCUAGUUUUGGAAAUAGAAAAAAAUAUAUGCUGCAGUUGUUGAGUAAAGCAUUAAGAUCGGCACCCGAGGCUAGGCAAGCUGCACCUUCCAGUACUGCAAGACUGUGCUGCACGACAUACCCCAGUUACAAUUUCCUGUCAGCUGCAGGGGCUUCAGCUGCUGCUUAAAAGUAAACUGCAGCAUACACAGUGCUUGUCUUUCCUUGUCUCCGUCCCAUUAGCAAGAGCCAGACCAAAAGCAAAAGCACUGCCCAACGCCUCCACGCAGAGGGCUCGUCUGUCUGUUUUAAAUAGCAGCGAACAGAUACACCAAACCUCUGAACAGUGAGGGGAAGUUUCUGUGCAACAGUCAUGAGAUUUGCACAAACUCUUAAGUGGAGCAGGUAAAAGCUUUACUCAACUGCCUUAAACCAUGACAAUCAAAAACAAAAGAAACAUACUCCAGGCUUCCUGAGCCUGACUGAUAUUCUGUCACAGGUGGACUGUUUUUAGUAUACAAAUAAACUUUGAGCUGUUUUACGUUCCUAACA